AUGCUGCGCCACCUCGCACAGCCGCUCGCGCACUGCACGCCGCCACCGCCGUCUCUCGCCGCCCGCUCGCUUCACUCGUCCGCACCGUUCUGGCGAGGACAGGUGCCGACGAGGCGGAAACGAGUGUCGCUCGACUUGAUUGAUACGCUCAAAUCAUCGGGGCCUCAAUCGUCGCGGCAAGCGGCACUCGCUCGUGUUGCAGAACGGGCAGGCAACUCUCGACCAUCGUACGGAGGAGGAGGGCAAGGGCGGGGUGGGAGAGGCGGCUACGACAACAGGAAAGGCAGCGGACCGUCGACCAUCUCGCGGGCAACGCUGUGUCACAAGCUCCGCCAGCACCUGGUCGAGGUUUGGCAAGGAGGCCCAGGCAGCGGAGGACGACCGAGACGGAUCUCGCCGCAAAUCCGCUCCCUUGCGUCUGAUCUGGGCGUCGACGAGGACGAGUUGAGCCGGUUGACAACCAGGUUCAGUCUCCAAGCGGUUGAGGCUGUUCCCGACGAGGCAUGGCAAGAAAGAACGAAGUCUGUUCCUGCCGCCUACACCUCGUUCGAUAUGGACGAAGUCGCCAAGACCUACAUCGAGGAGGGCCCCGAGGAAGCCCUGUGGAACGCCUCGCUCGCCGCCUUCCUUGCCUGGGUCCGCACGAAUGUCGCCGUCCCGCCUGUCCAGCCCAACAGUUCUCAGUCCAUCUCGACCGUCACGAAACUCCAUCUCCUCGCCAGCAUCGCCGACCGCCGCUUCGCCUACGAACAAUAUUUCAGUGCACGCCAGCGGCGGCGCAAGCUCAUCCUCCACGUCGGCCCGACCAACUCCGGCAAGACGUACAACGCUCUCGUCGCACUCGCUCGCGCACGAACAGGUGCUUACGCCGGACCCUUGCGGUUGCUCGCCCACGAGGUGUUUACGCGGUUCAACGAGGGCAAGAUCGGCCAGGAGGGCAAGCGUGUGUGCAACCUCGUCACGGGCGAGGAGAAGCGCAUCAUCGACCCCGAGGCAGGCUUGCAGUCUUGCACGGUCGAGAUGUUCCCGCUGCAGAAGCGGCUCGAGGUUGGCGUUAUCGACGAGAUCCAGAUGAUCGGAGACCCGCAGCGAGGCGCGGCGUGGACGGCAGCCGUCAUCGGCUCGACUUGCGACGAGCUCCACCUCUGCGGCGAGGAGAGCGUCGUCGAGCUGAUCCAGACGAUCGCAGCCGAGCUCGGCGACGAGUGCAUCGUCAAGCGGUACCAGCGUCUCUCGCCUCUCGUUGUCGCGGAGAAAUCGCUCGAGGGCGACCUCAGCAAGAUCAGGCGCGGCGACUGCCUCGUCACCUUCUCGCGGAGCAACAUCUUUGCGUUCAAGCGCGCGGUCGAGCAGCGGACGGGCUUGAAGGUGGCGGUUGCGUACGGAGGUUUGCCGCCCGAGGUCAGGGAGGAGCAGGCGCGGGCUUUCAACGCGGGCGAGUUUGACGUCCUGGUCGCCAGUGACGCAGUCGGGAUGGGUCUCAACCUCAAAAUUCGCCGCAUCGUCUUCGAGUCGGUGCACAAGUUCGAUGGCAAGAAUGAGAUCCGGCUACCGACACCGCAAGUGAAGCAGAUUGCCGGUCGCGCCGGACGCUACGGCGUCCACACGCCCGUCUCGCCUUCCGCUCCCGACUUCGACCCAGUCGACGCAGGCGAGGCGGAGGAUGGCAAGAAGGUUGAGCAGGAGUCGACUCUCGGCGAAGUUACAACGCUCGACGCCAGCGACUUGCCUAUCCUCCGCGAAGCGAUGAAGGAGCCCAUCGUGCAAGUCCGCCAAGCUUCGAUCACCGCGCCUCCUGAGGCGUACAAGGAGCUUUACUCCAUCCUGCCUGCCUCCACUCCGCUCUCUCGCGUCGUCAGCCUCUCCCGCGCCAUGGUCCGCACCAUGCCUCACUACCGCUCGACAGGCACCGGCGGAAUCGCCUUCAACACCGACACGAUUGCGCACAUCCGCCCGCUUACGUUCGAGGAACGGUACACGUUCGGACUCGCGCCCGUCAACAAGCGCGAUGCGUAUGUCGUCGAGGCUCUCACGGACUUCGCCUCCUCGUACGCGGCAGGCGAGCCCGUCUUCGUCGACGACUGGGCCGACAAAACGGGCCUCUUUGGCCUCCUCGAGCGCGUCGACGAGGCUCACGCGAUGCGAGCCGAGUUGCUCGCCGACGAAAACGCGCCGAAACCGACCGGCGACGUCAAACGCAGCCUCGUCAGCGUCUUCUCGCCCGUCACGCUCUCGUCGCUCGAAUCGAACCACAGAUGCCUCACCCUCUACCUGUGGCUCUCGUACCGCCUCGCUCCGAUCUUCUGCGACCAGAGGGGUGCGCGCGAGUUGCGCAAGCGGGUCGAGAAGGCGAUCGAGACGACGCUCGACGGCAUCAAGUUCGAGCGCAGCGACCGCAGCUCUGGCGUCAAGCACAAGAGGGCGGUUGCGAGCGGCAUGCGCGUCUGA